AUGGCUUCUUCCGUCGAGUCCGAAGGUUCCAAGGUGGAACUUAACUUGCAACAUUCUUUCAAGGCGGAACCCGGCUUCUUCAAAGCCAGGACAGUUAUGGGGAUGGAGAUGAGGACAAAGAAAGAAACCCGGGUUUUUUACUGCAAAUUCUGCAGUAGAAAAUUCUCAAAUCUGCAGGCUUUGGGAGGACAUCAAAACGCCCAUAAACGAGAAAGAGACAUUGCCAAGAGAGAGAAAGCCGCCGCCGCCGCCGCCGCAAUGAGCUUCAGAACCACCACCACCGCCGCCUCCGCCGCAACUAGUACGGACGCGUUCGAUUCCAUUGGAUCUUUUUACUAUCCGUAUUAUUCGGCAAUGGCGAUUCACUCUCUGCGAAACAAAGCCCUAGGGUUUCCGAUUCGGCCGCAAUCGACGAUUCGUAAACCGACUCGGCCCCAAGCCGUCGCCCAUGGAUGCCGGUGGUGGCCUAGAGAACAAUACAUGGCGGCGGCGGCGCAGCAGUUACAUUUUGGAAGAGAGAAUUUGGCAGCAACUGAAUUGGAAUCCAUAGCCAUGGCGAGUAGAAACGCUUCUUCUUCUUCACAGAUUUUUGGAGCCGAUCAGUACAAUAUCCACGGCCUUGAUUUGACGCUUAAACUUUAA